AUGGCCUUUAACACCUAUGCUCAAGGUCUCAAGAUAGCAUCAGACUUGGCUCAGCGAGCUGUCCUCGUCGAGGCAUCCCUUCCCUCUCUCCCUCCCCUGGCAUCACCUAUCCCGGUCCUCCAGAAGGCGUUCCCGCUAUACAUCUCCGCCGCAGAGACUUACUCUCACCUUCUAGCCUCCAGCCUUGUCCCAGACCCGGACAAAGCAGGGAUCAAGCGGAAAUGGCGCCUCGUACUCGAACGCGCCGAGAAGGUCAAGAACAGGAUAGAAGAGCUCGGCGGUCAGGUCGGCAAGGUUGGCAUUGGAGAUGAAGGGGAAGAGGAGGCUGUACGGAGGCGCGGUGGAAGGAUGAAUGGAGUGGAUCUGGAUAGGUGGAGCUUGCCCUCGAACGGGGAGUUUGAGCUGGGUCGAGGGGUCUACCGUGCGGAGUCUCAGCCGGAUCUGGCAGUCGAGCGGGACACAGUGGUGUGGAGGGAGGUGGACGAGAAGGCAUGGACCGUGGUAGUCGGAGAAGAAGAGCGGUGGAUGGUCAAUCAAGGUGCUGGGGCGGAUUGCAGUGUUGUUGCCGGGCUGGGUGUUUGCCUCGAGCACAAUCGAAGAUGGGGUACCAAGCUGGCUAUGGAUAGCCUGUAUCCUCAAUCAGGAGCAUACCAACCCAGACAAUCGGAGAAUGGCAAGCAUAUCCUCAAGUUGCUGCUCAACGGCGAAUGGCGCGGGGUUAUCAUUGACUCAUUACUACCUCGCUCCGCCACAAGCCAUCUGCCCCUCCAUGCCACCUCGCAGCGUCUCUCGACAGCUCACGAAACCGGCGGUACCCCUAGCAUCGGUCCACCCUGGAUACCUCUCGCGCUCAAAGCGUAUUUUCUCGCGCACGGCGGCUACUCUCUGCGGGGUUCGAAUCCAGCACCGGACAUCUAUGCGUUCACAGGCUGGAUACCGGAACGGAUCAGCCUGCGCGAAGGGUUUCAGCGGGAGAAGGAGUGGAAGCGGGUAUACUCCGCGUGGACGAGGGGAGAAGUGCUCGUCACGUUGGGGACCGGCAAAGAGGCUGAGAGAGGUCUCAUACCUUUACAUGCCUAUGCUGUGCUCGAUGUCAAGGAAGAAGCCGGUGAACGUAUGCUAGAGAUCUUUGAUCCAGGCUUACCGCCUCCAAUGGCCUCGACGGACCUGGCGGCUUCCCUGGAAGGUCUUACGGUCGACAACACCGCCGACCUCAGUCGGACAGGACUCUUCAGUAUGACCUGGGAUGAGGCUUGUUCCGAAUUCGGCGCGCUCAAUCUGAAUUGGAAUCCCUCGCUCCGCCCCAUAUCGGCAAAACGGCACUGGAGCUGGCCAAAACCUGACUAUGCUGCCUCUUCCUCUUCCAUGUCCGCCAGCCACCCUCGAUAUCGCUUGUCCGUCGCUUCUGCACCGGCCGGUACAGAGGUGUGGAUCCUCCUCUCCCAGCACAUCGUCAGCAAGGAUCGAGCACUGGACGACAUCGCUCUUCACGUACACGAAGAGCGUGCAGCCCGUCCUGCCUUUGGAGCGAUGCAGAACAUGGCCUCCCCAUACUCCAACGCGCAACACGUCCUAUAUCGGCACACCAUCCGAUCAGCCGGACCUACCACCCUCCUCGUCGUCCCCUCUCGAGAUCGAGGUGUCUCCAGAUCGAACUUUACGCUCCAGGCUUUUAGUCCUCCCGGGUCCACUCUCUCACUCGAGCGCAUAUCAACCACUUUGCCUUUCUCGCAGAGCGUAUCGGGCGCUCUGACCUCAAGAUCAGCGGGAGGACAUGCGGGCUGGCCGAGUUACGGGAGCAAUCCCCAGUAUAAAGUUACCAUUGGUAAUUCCGCUGCAAGUGGGUCGAAGAGGAGGGGGAAUGUGAGGCUUCAAGUGGGAGGGGAGGGGGAGGGACCAUGGAAUAUCAAGCUGCUCUGGAGUAAUGGUGGGCUGGUACACGAUGUGUCGGAAGAGGCUGUAGUGGCUGAUUCUGGUCCUUAUGCCUAUGGAAUGGCGUUCGGCGAAGCGAGCGGGGUAGCAGCCGGUACCUACACUGUCAUCGUCAGCUCGUUCGAGCCGGGGAUCACGGGUCAUUACACCCUUACGCUCGAGUCGACACUGCCUAUCACUAUCACGCCAAUCCCUCCAGAGGGCGCGGGGCUAUAUCACCGCAGAUUUGAAGGACGAUGGACAGAAAACAACACCGGCGGCCGUCCCAGUCUCAACGCAUACCACCUAAACCCCCACCUCGACCUCCUCCUCCCCGCACCUCUCACCCUUCAGUGCAGACUGCACCAUCCCGGUCUCGGCCAGAGCAUCCCGCUCAAUCUCACCCUCUUCGCUCGGGCAGAGGGCGGAGGGAUCGGGAAGCAAAUAGCGACGAGUGGGGCGUAUAGUGAUCAAACGUCAGGCGUGAGGAUAGCGAGGACGCGGCCGGGGGUUCUGCAGGCGGGAGUGUAUGUGUUGGUUCCGAGUGGGUAUGGGAGGGGGGAGGGGAAAGGGAAGGCGUGGAGGGUUGAUGUGUGGGCGGAUGGGCCGUUCUCGUUGGAUAUGGGGAAGUAG